AUGCGCUACCGAUUCCAGUCGGGGGUCAACUUGGGCUCUUGGUUCGUGACUGAAAAAUGGAUUUCUCCAUCACUCUACAAAUGUGCGCAUGAUGGGGAGAAGGGAGAUCUUGCAAUUCUACGUGGCUAUGGCAACUCGUCGCAGGGUAUCCAAAGUGCCCGUGCACGCCUGGAGGAGCACUGGGACAAGUGGAUCACGGCAGGCGAGUUUGCCAAAAUGCACAACGAAUACCAAAUCAAUGCAGUCCGUAUUCCUAUUGGCUACUGGAACCUACCUGGGGCACGGUUCACCAAAGACACACCGUUUGAACCUUGGACAGAUGUCUACAAAAACUGCUGGAAGUACGUGCGCCGCGCGAUCAAGAUGGCCGCCGACAACGAGAUUGGUGUGGUAUUGGACUUGCAUGGCGCCUAUGGCUCUCAAAAUGGUAAGGCCAACACAGGUUUCAAUGGCUUUGACACCGAGUUUUUCCAGUCCAACAACGAAAAGCGGACAAAAGAGGCGCUUGUAUGGAUCGCUAAUGACCUUAAGGAUGUGACCAACUUCGUUGGAAUUGAACUACUGAACGAGCCUGAAGACAAGGGUGGUCUGGGAUGGUGGUACAAGACGACCGCCCAGGCAAUCCACGACAUUGGUGGCAAUGCUGCCAACCUGCCAGUCUACUUUGGCAAUCCACCUGGUCCCUCCAACAUCGCCGAGUCGGUGAGCUCUCAUUCCUUUACAGCGUUCGAUGUCCAUGAGUAUUACACAUUUACGAACCGCAACAAGCCAGAGCCCGAGAUCCUGAAGAAUGUCCUGGGCCACAACUUUGAUAGGUUUAUGAACCUCAAGAAUUCGACGAAGAACCGUCUGGUCAUUGGCGAAUGGUCGUGUGCGCUGGACCCUGGCUCCUUGAGUGGUAGCAAGUCAAACCAUGCGGCUGAGCGAGCCGAAUUUUGCCAAGCCCAGAUUCAGUCGUACCGCAACGCAUCUUCGGCAAUGUUUUUCUGGUCAUACAAGUACGAGAACUGCGAAAAGUGGGGGGGCUGGUGCUUUGACAAAAUGUGGGGCCAGUACAUUAAGAAUUACGGUGGUUAUGGCAUGCAAUCUGUGGAUUCUUCGAAUCUUCCCAAUGUUCCAUUCAUACCUGCUCUGGGGCAAUCGCAGCUGAACUUCCAGGGAUACAAGGACGGUAUGAACAUUGCCCGGAAACUGGCUUCGCAGCAGCCAUCUACGCCGCUGGGCUUCAACAACUUCCAGGACUAA